UCGGGGAGCGGCACGGCCAUGGCCAAGGCCCCGGCGGAGCCCGGGCCCGGCUCCAGCCCCAGCCCCAUCCCCAGCCCGGUGCCCCUGGACCUGCACGCCGUGCCCCUGGUCGCGCUCAACUACGGCGUCCGCCGCCGCCUCGGGCUCUACCUCAACCCGCGGGCGGCCGCGGCCGCCGACUGGACGGCGCUGGCGGAGGCGCUGGGAUGCAGCUUCCUGGAGAUCCGGCGGCUGGAGGGGCUGCCCGACCCCACGGCCGCGCUGCUGGAGGAGUGGCCGGGGCGCUGCCCCGGCGGUGCCACCGUGGGGCAGCUCCUGGACGUGCUGCGGCGCUUGGGUCGCGACGAUGUGCUGAUGGACCUGUCCGGCAGCGUGGAGGAGGACUGCAGGAAGUACUUGCAGAGGAAGCAGGAACAGGCCAACCAGCCUCUUCAAGUGCCAGCAGUAGACAGCAGCGUGCCAAAGACCUCGGAACUGAUGGGCAUCACCAUCAGGGACGAUCCCUACGGGAGUGGAACAGAGAUAUUUGAUGCCUUCAUCUGCUACUGUCAGAAAGACCUGCAGUUUGUCCAGGAGAUGAUCAGGGAGCUGGAGCAAACAGAGUUCAAACUGAAGCUCUGUGUAUUUGAUCGGGAUGUCUUGCCAGGAACCUGUGUGUGGUCCAUCAGCGGAGAACUUAUAGAGAGGAGGUGUCGGAGGAUGGUGGUUGUCGUUUCAGACGAUUACCUGGAAAGCGAUGAAUGUGAUUUCCAGACCAAAUUUGCUCUUAGUCUUUCCCCAGGGGCUCGUAGCAAACGGCUGAUCCCAGUCAAGUACAAAUCCAUGAAGAACGAGUUUCCAAGUAUCCUGCGGUUCAUCACGAUCUGUGAUUACACCAACCCUUGCACCAAAAAAUGGUUCUGGACGAGACUGGCAAAAUCCCUCAUGUUGCCAUAAGGCAAAGUCCCGAGAGCUGGGUGCUCUUGUAACCUGCCCUGGAUGCGCCUUUGGACUGGGGAGUUGUUCACACAGGGUCUUCCACCACUUCAGAACCUGGAUACUUGCAAUCUGUGCUUGGGAACAAAGAAAUGGGAACAAAGAACUUUCUCUUGCACUUCCUUGUAACUCUGAGGGCAGAUAAAGCAACUGUGUGGGUGUUCUGGGUUAAGUCAGUGACCAGCAGCAUCAUCCAGCAUUUGUGCAGUCAGCACUGUCACUGAAAAUACUGGAAAUACACAUUUAAAGACCAAGUGUCUGAUACAGGAAUGCUCUGUUGUAAGCAUUAGCAAGGCCUCAGUGCCUCAAACUGCAGGCUUUGUCAAGCAAGCAUUUUCUAUUGUUUUAAAAGCUACAGUAACAUCUGGGCUUGGUGGGAUUGUACCAUGUUGGUUCGUGUCUGUCUCUGUUCAGGUCACAUUUAAUUCAGGAAUUUUAUACCAGCAUUUAAUAUUCCUUAAAAUACAUAUUUUCAGUGACAGCCCUUACUACACAAAGCAGAGGCUGCUGUUGCUCAUUGACUUGAGCAGGAACCAAGCUGUGCACCUCAGUGGGUCCAGAUCUUAAAUUCUUUCACCUUUAAAAGUCUUCCAAAACCCAGCAGCUUUUGGGAUGCCUCAAAGGCACAGGGAUAAAUAUUUAAUAGUAUAUUAAAUUGAAAAUUGGGCUGCUUAAAAUAUAAAGGCAAAUGUUACAUUAAUAGGAAAGAGCCUGUUUUAAUUAACUGCCACAAUAAUUGCUGUAUUUCUGUGACUAAGGCUUAGAGCAAUGUUGAGACUGCUCUUCUUGUUAAACUUGGCCUUGAAUCCUACACAAUGACUAGCAGAUCUCCUCAGUGCUCCGGGGUGGGGGUCAGGAGUUCUGCCCAAAGGAGUGUUUUAAAACCACGGUGUAUUAAACAGAUUUACAGUAAAUAUUUACUUUUUAAAUUGGGGAAGAGAGGAAUUUUGCUUAUGUAUCUGCAGUUGCUUGAACUCUGCCCCUUUGUUCAUUACUUCAGCCACUGACUCAUGUUGAUUUUGCAGCUUAAUGUUUUACUAGUUUACAUUUUUAAGGUUACAUCUGAAUGUAAUUUUUAGGGGUUUUUAUUAUUUUAGAUUUGUUUUAAAGCAUUACCAGGGCUGAGGAACAGACAGAAAUGUGCCCCUGCCUCUCCCUCAGCCAGUGAGGGAGAUGGUCAGUGAAUGAUCCUUUAACCAGGGUUCCUCAUGGCUGACAGCAGCAGCCCUUGCCCUGAGCACGGGGAAGCUCCUUCACACGCAUCAUGUUGGCAUCAGGAGCCAUUUUUAGAUAAAACCACAAGCUGGAUGUUUUUUCUUACAAAAACAACCACUGCCAUUGUGCCAAGGUGACAUUUGCACCUUUCUGUCUUGCUAGAACAAGUGAGAAGUGUGCUGGCAGUGGAGGAGGAAAGUUGAGCUGAUGUGGGGGCUCUAAAUUGUUUGCCUUCAUGUCCUGUUGCCCUCGGGCCUCUCCUGCAGGAGUGGAGACAGCUGCUUGCCUCGGGCCUCCUGCAUAAUCCUUAAAUGUUAAUUGCAGGAGAGUUUCAAGGAGGCUGCUUGAUCCCCGGGCACUCCUGGGGGUGCUUGGUGAGUUCUCAUACUCUGGAGUGCCUCUAAACAUCAUCGCAGGACCAAACCAGAUCCCGCUUGCCCGGAGAGCUGGAAGGGCUCUGGUGGCUGUUUUGGGGAGGAGCUGAGGCAGAGGAGCUGUGGACGCUAGAGGGAGGUCAUGGCCCGUGCUGGCUCCCCGAGAGGGAUCCGCGGGUGGGACUGGGGAGAUACGGGAUGGAGAAAACAGGAGUGGGUUCUCUUCCCCUGCCCCUUGCACCCUCCUCUGGGGAGGCUGCACCAAAACCAGCGAGAAUUCUGGCAGCUUGAACCUCGUGUGGUGUCUCUGUCCUGAGUGCUGGUGGGCGGCUUGGGAGUUGGGAGUGUUGCAAAUGAGUGAAAAAUAACGGCAGGAAAAAUAAUGAUGUUUGUAAGAGAUGAUUCUGUGGUCGCCCAAAAGGGAAAAUGUCGGUUCUGGAAGAUAAAAGCAAAAAAAAAAAAAGGAGCUGAAUUUCUAAACCUUCUGAAUUCCAGUAGGUAAAUGCCAUAUUCCAGUUAAUGGUGAAAGGUGUUGGGAUUCUGUUACCACCCUACUCAUGGUGCCCUGGCCCUUUUUUCUGCCUGGCUCAGACACCAGAUAAGUCUUAUUGCUGUGGGACGGUUGCUUUAUUUCAAGCAGUUAAAAUUUGUCUUAUAGGCUAAAAUAAUCGUUUUGGAGUAAAGUAAGGUAACAGCCCUAAAACGUAAAAUAUGCUUUAAAUAUGCAUCCUCUUGUAUGUAAACCCCAGAGUUUAUGCACUUCUGACACUUUCAUAUCAGCCUUGUCGUGAUAACUUCAAGUGUGACAUGAAUGAUACAAAAUGUAGAUAUUGUGUCAAUUGGGGUUCUCCUUCUCUCUUUCACGCUCAGUGGAAGGUCAAAAUUUUUGAAUGCCUUUAAGAAAGGGAUUUAUAAAAUUGUGAUGUUACUUUUUUUUCUACUUUGUCUCUGUCCCCCACUGAAAUUGUCCUACUUGGAUCUGCUAGUACCAAAUCAUUUAUUUUUAUAUACAGACUUAUAUAUUUAUAUUACUUUCUAUUCUGAUACAAAUCUGUGGCAAAGCAUCCGUGUUUAUAACCAUUCUGAAAACGGUCAAUGAUUCUGUGGGUUUUCUCCUCAAAGGAACAAACUUUUGCUACUUGUGAAAACAUUUUAAAAUAAAGAAUGAA